UGUAAAAUAUGUGGCUACCCUGGUCAUGGUGUUCAUUUUGGAGUUAUUACUUGUCGUGCUUGUGCGGCGUUUUUCAGAAGAUUCGUUGUUAUGAAUCUUCAAUAUUCAUGCGUCAAAAGUGAGGUCCGGUGUAGUUUGGAUAGAAUUCGAAGAAGUUCCUGUCGCCACUGUCGAUUUCAAAAGUGUCUGCAGAUGGGAAUGAAAGCGGAUAAAGUCCAAUGGAAUCGAGAUACCAAUGCUCAUUAUACAGAAAUAGACCAGCACGAGAAGAGGGAACUUUCAUGGACAUCUGAGCCGAGUAUCAGUCAGUCAAAUCAGUCGUUCAGCGAAACAGAGGUAGCUGGAAAAAUUUCUUACUAUGAUGAUCUCGAUUUUUCGUUUCAGAGUCAAAAUUCUAUUCAAGAGGAAGUCUAUAGAAUUUUCAGUUUCAAAAUUGAAAAUCCUCAUAGCUUGAAACCUCUCUUCAAGUUCACGGAAGGACUCAAAAGGAUCCGUGAACAUCAAAAAACGAAUGAUAUAAAAAUAGAAUUUGAAUUCUCUCUAGAAUCUUUAGCUUUACAUUGGAAGAAGCAAGCAAAAAACACAGCAUAUUUGAUGACACAUUCUUUGAAUUUCCAAAACUUGGAGCUCUCCCAAAAAAUGAAAAAAUUCCGAAAGUGCUGGAAAAGUUUGUAUAGGCUAGAGAGAAUUCUAGUGUCCGUGGAAAUUUUUGGGGAUGACUGUGUGACGAAAAAGGUGAGAAUACAAUUUGAAAAUGGGAUCAAGCUUUUCUAUCAGGGAUACAGUAGUAGUAAUCCGAAAUCAAAAUGUUCUUUUUCUUUGUCCAGAUACUUCAAAAAGUACGCCAAUAGACUACUCAACGAGGUUGCUAACCCUUUAAUUCCCCUGAAAUUGACUCUAGAAGAGAAAUCGUUUCUAAUUUUGACUUUUUUAUGGACCCUUGGUAAUUUUAAACUUUCCAUGACUUAUCUAAACAAAUCGAACGAUUUCUUAGACGAGAUAUCAGAUGAAUUGCACGAAUACUACCGUAUGCAUCGGGUUGAGAAUUGUUCUCCUAGGGCUUUGAAGAUGGUGAAAAUCGUAUGGGCUAUGAAAAGGAUUCAUGAGGAUGACGCUUGCGGAAAUUUU